AUGCUCACGCUCAAGACGAAGCUCUCCGUAUCCAAGACAACACACACCGCGCCCCGAGACAUCCUCGCAUCUGAGCCAAAUCGGGCCACUCAACCCAAUCGCCACGCAAGAGAUGUGCUGUCGCGCAACGAGGACAGCGCCAAAGUCCUGCUCGAAGUCCUCAAAGAGCCGGCCCACGCCUGCCGCGACAUUGAGAUCCGUGACGAAAUGAGACAGCUGCAGACCGAUCUUGCAGCCUUCGCCCAGAAGUACUUCUUCGGCACCGACAACAGUGCCGCGCGGUACGCUCUCAAGAGCCUGGAGAAAGAGACAGUCUUGAUUGUCGGCUGCGUUGCGUCGGGCGGACCCAGCGGUGCUAAAGGGUGGAAGGAGUUGUUUUAUGUACCCGAAAAGCGGCAGGCGAUCGUGUGUGCUAUCGUCGGCAACGUGCUCGUCGAGCAGGUCCUUCAGCACCUGUUUUUUGGCAGCAGCGCGGAGCAGAACCAGGAGAUAUCAGCGCUACAAUUCGAGCACCGACACGAAGACGGAUUCGACCGCACUGCGCUCUACGCCGUGAAGAUCCGCGACUUCCUGACCCCCCCGACGCCCCCCCGGGGGUCCAAAACUCCCGUGCGUCGCCACAGCACCAUCACCCUUCCUCCGAAAUUCAACACCCAUGUCGCCCAUGUCGUCGCCGCGCUCUACACCCACCUCCUGCCCAUCCGCCAGAUCUCACUCUGGGACCACCCCGACAGCGAACUCCCACUCACCGACUACCUGGCCGAUCUGCACGCGCUCGUCGUGCGCGCGGGCAUGCUGAGCCUGCACAUGCGGAUGGACACGCAGACAGCAUACCACUUCGACCCCGUAUUCAAGGAAACGCCCUUCAAGCCAACCGAGAUGACGAGUUUCCUCCCCGCGGCGACGAAGCGCGCACAGACGCAGACACACACGACCCGCCCGCGCGACAGACCACUCGUCCAGAUCGCCAUCCUGCCCUCGCUCACCGCGUUCCGCCGCGGCGGCUGGUCGUACGCGCCUCCCACCCUGCCCGCGAAACACACCCUCCCAGACCCCGAGGGCGUCCGUGCCCGCCUCCUCACGCCCGCGUGGGUGCUCACGCGCCACGGCGUGCCGCGGGCCUGGGACAACGGGAAGCCCGCUGACGUGCCCGCGGCGCACGGCGACGCGUGGCGCGGCGGGUUCGUCGAGUUUUAUCCGGGCGUGCGGGGGGUGCGGGAUCCAAGGGGGGAUGGGCGGGUGAAGGAGAGUAGCGGUGCGCAUGACGAUGUGGUUGAGUCUUCCAGCGAGUACGACUCUGAGGCGGAGAUGGAGGUUGUCAGGAAGGGGAUGGUGCGAGAAUGA